AUUUUACCUUUUAAGAAGAUAGGAAAAUAACGAGUUGUUGAAUCCUUUCUUGAAAUGAACAACGUUAGUGAAUUGAAGUCGCGAUACACCCAAAUUUAUCCCGCAUUUGGUUCUUACACAGAGUGUAUGUCAAGAGCUCUUUUCACUGGACUGUCAUCUACCAUAUUAGGCUUCUCCACAGCAUUUUGUGUCCAAAAUCUUUUGAAAAAAAGAUUACCGUACCCUAUCAGUGGAAACAUAUUGGUUUCAAGUUUUGUAGCCGUUGUAGUUGGCUUUAAAGUUACAUCAGUAAGAGCUCAAUCUUGCCAGGCAGCGUGGUUAGCUGCAGAAGAAAAACACACAUUUUUUACUGAAAAUGACACCAAAUCUAAUUAGAUGUGGAAGUGUGAUUUUUCGAAUGACAAGAUAUACUUCAAACCAUAAUUUAAGGGCAUUGCUUCAAAGUCCAAGACGUACUUCAUUAUUUGUCAGAUCUUUUACUGGAGAUAAAAUACCUGAAGAUGAUUAUUUCAAACUGGAA